AGACGAAAACCUUGCGGAAACCAGGCUGCCACAAGGAAUGUUAUUUAAUAGAGAAGGAGAGUGUUUAAUGACAAAAAAAGUUGACCUUUGUGUGGUGUGGUGAUCGUCAAAACAAAGAUCAAAAUUUUCUUACUUUUACUGAUAGCAAUCAUGGGAGGUGUUGAAGUAUGUGCUGGUUUAGUUGCGUGUGUCGUUAUGUCAGCAAUCCCAAUUGCAAUGAUAACCUUGGGUGCAUUACAUUAUGAUGAAUGUCCAAUGCAGCCAUGGAUACCAAAGUUUAUGAUCGUCAGUGGUGCCGUAACAUUGGCUGUGGUUUUGUUCGCCCUGUGUGCAUUUGGCGCAAGUCAAAGCAAUAAAAGCGGCCUUGCUUUAGGUUUUUUCAUAAUCAUAGGGAUCCUUGCCUUGUUUUUAUUUGCGUGGCAAAUCGCAGGUAGCGUAUGGGUGUUUAAAGAAUGGAAAAAUUGGGAUAAUGUGAAAGACAGUAAAGAACAUGGAUGUCAUAAUGACACGUAUUUGUUUGCAUUCGCGAUAUUAAUCAUUUUCUGGAUUUCCUGUCCAUGUCAAGGUGCUGGUUCAUCGAAAGCUAGAGAAUAAGUUUGUAUGAGUUUUAUUUUUGGAAAAGGAAAUUAGGGAAUUGUACAAUUAUUGCCAAUUGCGACACAUUUGUGUAAUUUUACUAGCCUGAGUUUUAAACCAGUGUAAUUUUUGUUUUGAUCUUGUGUUAUUUCAUUCGGUACGUGCAACCAAACUUAAUUUGAUGUAACAGUAACUGGUUUUAAACUCUUUCAUACUAAAUAUAUAAAACAGAAUGUAUGACUAUAAUGCCUAUUUCUUCAUUAUGUCUUUCCCUUUUCCGCUUUAUUUGCUGCAUAAGACUAUUCUAGCAAGUCCCGUAUGUUAAUCAGUUCUUCAUUAUUUUUUUGUGUCUCGAAUAUUAUAAUCUUGCGGCUCGUAAGUUGAUACAGCAAAACCUAAUUUGACGUGACGUUAAUUUUCCACACAAGAAGCAUGUUUAUGAUAUCUUCAUUUUGUAUCAAUUGUUUUCCCAGACGAAUAAAGUUUUUUUGUUGAUUUUUUAAACGAGGUAUUUCAUGUGUCAUUAAUUUUUUGUAACGUGGUAUUUUAUGUGUUAACUCUGCUGCAGAUAAUGUGUAAUCCAUUCCUGUGCUGUAUUAAUGAUUUUAGGUAUAGAAUACAGACAAUUAGUUGGAA